CACAGCACAUUUUCAAUUUUAGGUCGUGUUCUAGUGAGAAAGAAAAGAAAUAAAACAUCAUGUUGGAUUCAGAGUCGGAGUCGGAGAACGAAAACGAGUCGGAAAACGAGCAAGUUAACAAGGAUCCGCUGAUUAAGCUCAUAGAAAGCAGAGAUAUCGAGAAGAUCAGAAAGACUGUCACACCAUCAGGUUUAGAAAAAUCAGCAGAAAAAUUCAAAGAAAAUCUUUUGGAAUAUUCGCUAAAGGUCAGUCACAAGCUGAAACAAUCAGCAGAUGGUUCUCAUCGCAAAGAUCUGGACAAUCUUGGAAGCAGCGUUGAAGAGUACGCUAGACGUCUUUUAAAAUAUUCGGUUUAUAAACAGUGGAGUCAAGAGAGGGAUUUUAUUGAUUGCAUUGAUCGAAUCACAUAUGCUGCAAUACAUUUUAGAUGUAAAAAGUUUCUUUCAGGCUCAACAACACAGAAUUACUUGAAAAAGCUAUGGAUGUCCAACGAAGAGAUUCUGUACGUCAUUACUUUCAUUUUCCGUCUUGUCACGUGGUCAGUUACGUCACGGAUCAUAGAGAAUGACUGGCUUGUCGGGUCAUCGUGCUUGUAUGGCAUUAACGCCGCUUUGCUAAGUUUGAGRGUCUUUGGACAGACAAUGGAAGUGAAACAAGCAACUGGGACAAAGCAGAUUGCCUURYUSCGCAUAAUCAGUGCCGUUUUUGUGAUCUUYGUACAGAUGGUUGCAGCCAUUUUAGCAUUCUCUUUGAUACUUACAAAAAUAUAUGUCAGUGAUAUCUCAUACGUGGGAAGGAAAACAUCUCAUGGGUUUUCCUGA